AUUUUUCGAUAAAACUUCUGACCGUUGUAUCGGUAUAAUUUCUGGUCCGAAAACGAAUGCAUAAAAAAUGACGAAAUUACAGAAAUGUAGCAAGUAAACUUUCGUACGAUUUAAGAAAAGUGAAGGUAAAUUCAGCACAGCUUUCUCCUAGAUCCAAACGAUUUAUAAGUUUCACCGAACGUUAUCGAUGACUAUUAAAGGCAUCGUUCUCUCGUUGAAUGACAAGAAUCAGAUCCGAAAUUUGAGGAAAAAAUAAUCAGCAAGUGAGCAACGUUCUCCCGGUAAAGCUAAGAAGGUGGGAGUCGGUAUAAAGAGAGGAAAUACUCGAUGGUGAUGGCCAGUGAGUUCAGUGAGAGUGCCGUGAUCCUUUUACCGAUCUACCGUGAAAGUCAACCAUGAAGAUCCUGCCACUGGUCGCACUCUGCUGUUGUUCGGCCAUCGUGGUCCUGUCGGAGAGUCCAGAACCCAACAAAGAGGAUCUACUAUCGCGAGCAUCCGCUCAGCUCGAACGUCUGGCGCCGUAUCGCAGGACCUUCACGGAUCAAGGGACAACAAACGAACAAUGGCAAAUGCUCGACAACGCCUCCAAGGACCAGGCCAACAGAAUAUUGAAGGAGCAACGAACAGCCUUCGAAAUUUACAAACUGCUGCCCGAGGAUCUGCAGAUCGAUAUCGCGAAGAAAGUCGGUGCUGAUCGAGACACGAUCGAGCUGCUCGGCGAUCCGAAAUACAUGGAGAUGAUGCAGGAGAGGAUCAAGAGGUCGGGAUCCAAACGCGACGCUACGGGACCGGAAGGAUACGAUCACGGACUUCCGGAUGGAUACCAUUACGGAGGAUACGGCCACCAGGAUGAGGGAUCCGAUUCCGGAGCGAUUCUGAAAGGAUCCGGCAGUUUGAUCAGCGGUAUAGCAAACGGCAUAAUCGGCGGUUUGGUCAGCGCGUCCAGCGGCGCGUCGAAAGGAUCAUCCUCGUUCUCUGGUACGAGUUCAUCGAGCUCGUCCUCGAGCUCGGAAUCGGACCAUAAAAAACCGGGAUAUGGACAUACUUACUCGUACAACCAUGACACGUUCGGCGUAUGGGACAUCAAAAAGGUGAUCAUUAGCACGUUAAUGCAAGCGGUGAAAGCGAUAAGCGGUGGUGUGAUCGCAUUGAAAGGUCAGAUAAUCAAAGGAAGUGGUUACCUUGUCACGGCCAAGGGCAAAAUGAUUACUAAAACCGGGGACGCGAUUACAACUUUGGGUCGCAAUAUCGUGAAGAACGUUGCGCAUGCGCCACAACCGGAACACCAUCAUCAUGGUUACUAUGAAGGUCCUCCGGAAGAUGGUCAUGACGAAUCUUAUGAUGGACCACCGCCUAGUCUUGAAGAAUUUGCCGAGCAGAACCACGAGUACCAUGCUAAUUUGGGCGACGGGUCAGACGUCGAUGAGCACGCGGGCCUUCUGAUCAUGAAACCGACGGAUCUGGACGGACACCACAUCCUGGACGAGAACUCUCAGAAAGCUCCUCCGGCGGAACCGGAAGUCAGUUACCACGGUCCGCCGCCAGAAUUGCCCGUGAAACACUUGGAAAGCGGAAACGAACAAAACCAAUUAAAUCAUAACGAAGAGAACCAUCUGGUGAUCGAGUCUGGUCAUCCUGUUGAGCAUCCACCGUCCAGUUACGAGGUUCCGCUUCAUCAACGUCCAUUGGACGUGAAGGAUCAAGCUUAUCCGUUGUAUCCUCCUUUGACUUCCGGUUUCCCGGUCAGUCCACUUUCCAUUCAGCAAAGCGUCGAGUAUCCACCGAUACACAUUCAAUACGCGUUACCCCACAAGGGAAGCUUCGAUUUGUCGACUGCGGACACAUUCGGCAACGAUUUGUCCAUGUAUUCGAGUCUGUCGAUCGACGUGGAUCCCUCCAUAAAAAUAUCCACGCUGAAACAUGCGAACGGCUACGAGCUACCUAACUUACCUCACGGGAUUCAACCCUUGCUUCCGAAUUACCCUCCGCUUCAAGGACCUUUGAAGAUACCUCUCUUGCAACCGUCGAAUCCUUACUGGCAGAAUCAAGGACCGCUAGGGAAUUUUGACGCGUACCGUUGGUACCGGAGAAGAAGUAGCGCUCAAAGGAGGAAAUCCGUCAACGAUGUAGCGCAACGUGUGAGAUUACAGCGUGGGUAAAGUGUGUAAUUCUGAACCGAGUGAUCUACUCUUACGAGCCCUAUCCACAUGUAAGUGGAUCUCGAAUACAUCCAUGACAUCGAGCGGCACGAACGAAAAUCCAAGACUGCAAUGGCUGCACUGUAUCAGAUGUUAUUCGUUGAAAAGAUUCGUCGGGUUUCGCGAAGAUCAACGAAUCGAAAGCUGAAGAACAUUUACCUACCUGUGCGUGUGUUCGAGUCGUGUCUCGGCUUUCGCCUCAUCGGGAAAAGAAAGAACAUAAAGCAACGCGUAUGUGGUGGGAGUGGAUGAAUCUUCUUGAAAUUAUUCUGGAAAAGAAAGCGGUCCGAUAUGCAAAUUAAGGACCGAUGGACGUUGAGCAGUUACGAGUCGACAAGCAAAUUAUGUUAGCAUAGAAAAUACUUGUUAGAGUUGUAUCUUGUGAUAUAUGCCGAAUGGAAAAUCUUGUAUAUUACUUCCGUAUCGUUUUAUCGGUGACGUUCGGCUCUCCUCGGUUAUUGUCACAAGAUGGCGACUAUCUGAUCGUUAAUCCUUUCCUAACGAUUUUCAUAAUAGGAACCAAAAUAUUCUUGUACGUAUAUACAUUAUUUAUAGGCUUAUUAACAAUUAAAUCAGUAAUUGUAAAAAUUAUAGUACUAUUGAAUUUAAUAUAUGAACGUAAAUGACGUUGGGGUUUAAAGGAUUAAUCGGUCAGAGAAUACAUACGUGAACAGUGUAUAUAAUGCAUAAUCUGUAAAUGCAAAUGGACUUUGUAUUUAUGAACAUUAGACCCUUAAUGUAAUGAAAAAGGCCAUAACAACACGAACGAUUUUAUUUUCCUUUACCUACACUAAAGCUAGCUUCAAUUUGUAAUUAUAGAUCCCUAGAGUUUAUGACGUUAUUCUUAAGCUAUUGUAACAUGUAAAUGAAUCGUUUUGCAAGCGGAAAGAUUACUAAUUCGAUGUUCGUUACUCUAAUCGUAAGUUCGAAUAAAUUGUUUUGUUUAUUGUUA